AUGGCUGAGUCUCUCAAACCACAGAAGAGAAUCCUGGGCGAUGCGAGUGUCAGCCGUCGAAACGUCCAGGUCCGGUCUACCUCCCCUGCCUCUGCCAAAAAGCGGAAGCUCGAGACUGGUCAACCACAAACUAGUGUCCGGGCACCGCCUUUAUUAUCGUCGCAAAAUGGAUUGAAAAGCUCGUUUGGCUCGGCUCAGCGGUCUCAGCACAAGAGCCAAUUCGAGGAUGUGUUGGAGAAGUUAACCCAGGAUAUUGGAGACCUGAAAGAAAAUAAUGCGGAGAAAGACCAGAAAUGGGAGCGUCCACCUUUGGACAACUUUGAUCCAUCUAGAGACAACCUAUGCUUCCAGCAGAUCGACGUUGAGGAAGGUUACAUGGCUGGAGGAACUGCAGUGAAGCUAUUUGGUGUCACUGAGAACGGCCACUCGGUACUUCUUCAUGUUACAGGCUUUAUGCAUUAUCUAUAUAUUGCAGCCCCAGUCGCCUUCACGCAAGCCGAUUGUGUUCCGUUUAAGGCCUAUCUUGAGAAUCAAUUAUCUGUUACAGAGCCCGUGAUACAUUCGGUUCAAAUGACUAUGAGAGAGAAUCUGUACGAGUUUCAGGGAAAUCAGCAAAGUCCGUACCUUAAAAUCACAGUGACGAACCCAAAGGCCAUUAUCACUGUUCGAUCUACCAUAAUGAGCGGCGCGGCCAAUUACAAAGGCAUGUGGAAAGGGGUUGAAGGAGAAAUUUUAACAUUCGACAAUAUUCAAUACCUUUUGCGAUUUAUGAUCGAUACUGGGAUCUCUGGCAUGUCCUGGGUUGAGGUACCUGCAGCAAAGUAUACAGUGUUACCACCCGGCAAAUGCCAUUCAAACUGCCAAAUCGAAGCGUCGGUGCAUUACCGUGAUAUGAUUGCCCAUCCCAAUGACGGAGAAUGGGCAAAAAUGGCACCCCUUCGUAUCUUGUCUUUCGAUAUAGAAUGUGCCGGCAGAAAAGGAAUUUUCCCUGAUCCAAACAUUGACCCAGUCAUCCAGAUUGCGAACAUAGUCACUCGAUACGGAGAGUCCAAGCCGUUUGUUCGCAACGUUUUCGUCAUGGACACAUGUAGCUCAAUUGUGAACACACAAGUACUAGAGUUCGAGCAGGAAGAAAAAAUGCUUAUGGCAUGGAGAGACUUUGUGGAAAGGGUCGACCCAGAUGUUAUUAUUGGAUAUAACAUUGCUAAUUUUGAUUUCCCGUACCUGCUAGAGAGAGCAGAACACCUGAACUGCCUGAAGUUCCCUUACUGGACACGGUUGAAGGGAGUUCCGUCUCAAGCUACAAAAACGUCAUUUGCCAGCAAACAAAUGGGCAAGCGAGACUCAAAAGCCACUAAUACCAAUGGAAGAAUUCAGCUAGACUUGUUGCAGUUGGUUCAGCGGGAUCACCACUUGCGAAGUUAUACAUUAAACUCUGUGUGUGCUGAAUUUCUCGGCGAGCAAAAGGAAGAUGUCCACCAUACUAUGAUAACAGAGCUUUACAACGGAACGCCAGAUUCCAGAAGGCGUCUUGCUGUAUACUGUUUGAAGGAUGCCUACUUGCCACAGCGACUGAUGGACAAGCUAAUGUGCUUGGUGAACUACACGGAAAUGGCAAGGGUAACGGGUGUUCCCUUCAACUUUCUUCUCGCUAGGGGUCAGCAGAUCAAAUUCAUAUCCCAGCUUUUCCGAAAAGCUCUUGAACAAAAGCUUGUGAUCCCGGACUUGAAGAAUGACGAGAAUAGCAACCAGCAAUACGAGGGAGCAACAGUUAUUGAACCUGUGAGAGAUUAUUAUGCAGUCCCCAUUGCAACCCUUGAUUUUGCAUCUCUAUACCCUAGUAUCAUUCAGGCGCACAACUUGUGCUAUACGACCCUUUUGAAUAAACGCACGGUUGAAAAAUUGGGGUUGAAAAAGGGUGAAGAUUACAUAGUUACGCCAAAUGAUGACAUGUUUUGCACCACCAAAAUUCGCAAAGGGUUACUUUCACAGAUUUUAGAGGAACUUCUCACAGCAAGAAAACGGGCAAAGCGGGAACUGGCUAUUGAAAAGGACCCAUUCAAGAAGGCAGUUUUGAACGGCCGACAACUUGCCUUAAAAAUCAGCGCCAACAGUGUGUAUGGUAUCACGGGUGCUACGAAUGGCAAAUUACCAUGUCUUCCCAUCGCUAGUAGCACUACUAGUUAUGGACGUCAAAUGAUUGAGAAAACUAAGGAAGAGGUCGAGGCCAGGUACACUAUAUCCAACGGCUACGCACAUGAUGCUAAAGUCAUAUACGGAGAUACCGAUUCUGUUAUGGUCAAAUUCGGAACUGCUGACCUUGCUGAAGCAAUGAAGCUUGGUGAAGAAGCCGCAGGAUUCGUAUCAUCCAAGUUUAUGAAGCCUAUUAAACUGGAGUUUGAAAAGGUCUACUACCCGUAUCUCCUUAUUAACAAGAAGCGUUAUGCUGGGCUGUUCUGGACCAACCCCACCAAAUAUGAUAAGAUGGAUACCAAAGGUAUCGAAACAGUUCGAAGAGAUAAUUGUCUCCUGGUACAAACUGUCAUUGAAACCGUUUUGAACAAAAUUCUCAUCGACCGGAAUGUCAAUGGAGCUGAAACCUAUGUUAAAAACAUAAUUUCAGACUUGCUUCAAAACAAAGUUGAUAUGUCAAAGCUUGUUAUUACAAAAGCCUUGACCAAAGAAAAAUACCAGGGUAAACAAGCCCAUGUGGAACUUGUUGAACGUAUGAGAAAACGAGAUGCUGGAUCUGCACCCACCCUUGGUGAUCGUGUUGCCUACGUUAUUGUUAGUGGCGUCACUGGAGCCAAAAACUACGAGAAAGCUGAGGAUCCGAUAUAUGUCCUCGAAAACAACAUUCCCAUUGAUACCAGAUAUUACCUGGAAAAUCAACUUGCCAAGCCAUUGACCCGUAUCUUCGAGCCUAUUCUCGGGGAAAAGAAAGCUGCUCAGCUACUGACGGGUGACCACACUCGUUCCAUUACAGUGGCAGCACCAAGUCUUGGUGGACUAAUGAAGUUUGCUAAGAAGACCCAAACCUGCAUGGGCUGCAAGAAACCACUGGUUGGCAAGGAGGAAAUGUCGGGAGCUGUCUGUGCAAACUGUCGGCCCAGAUUGGGAGAGCUAUAUACCCGAACCUUGAACAAGGUUUCAGAGCUUGAGGUUAGGUUUGGUCGCCUCUGGACACAAUGCCAACGCUGCCAAGGCAGUUUGCACGGUGAAGUCAUUUGCUCGAGUCGCGAUUGCCCUAUUUUCUACAUGAGAAUGAAGGCAAAAAAGGACGUUGAGGAUUCGGAAAGAGAACUCGCCAGGUUUGAUCAGGAUCCUGGUGCGUGGUAG